AUGGAGAUCAGAGGGGCACUCGAUCUGCGAAAAAGGCAAGUUCUAAUAUUCCUUGUUUUGCUGGGAUUGUCUCGGGCAGGUACUGAAUCUGCACACUAUUCUGUGGCAGAGGAAACAGAAAUUGGCUCUUUUGUGGCUAAUCUAGCGAGGGACCUAGGGCUGGGGGUGGAGGAGCUGUCUUCACGUGAAGCCCGGGUAGUGUCUGAUGAUAAUAAAAAGUAUUUGCACCUUGAUUUGCUGACUGGGAAUUUGCUCCUAAAUGAGAAACUAGACCGAGACGAGCUGUGUGGCUCCACCGAGCCCUGUGUGCUGCAUUUUCAGGUGGUUUUGGAAAACCCUUUACAGUUUUUUCGGGUUGAGCUGCGUGUCAAAGACAUAAAUGAUCACUCCCCUACAUUCCUAGACAAGGAAAUACUUAUUAAAAUAUCAGAAGGUACCACUGUUGGAGCUACAUUUCUAAUGGAGAGUGCUCAAGAUUUGGAUGUCGGAAGCAACAGUCUCCAAAACUACACAAUUAGCCCCAAUUCUCACUUCUACAUUAAAAUUCCAGACAGUAGUGACAGAAAGAUAUACCCAGAGCUGGUCCUAGAUAGAGCUUUAGAUUAUGAACAGGAAGCUGAACUCAGAUUAACACUCACAGCAGUGGAUGGUGGAUCCCCGCCCAAGUCUGGGACAACUUUGGUUCUCAUCAAGGUGUUGGACAUCAAUGAUAAUGCUCCUGAGUUUCCUCAGAGUCUCUAUGAGGUGCAAGUCCCUGAGGACAGACCCCUUGGCUCCUGGAUUGCCACCAUCUCAGCUAAGGAUCUGGAUGCAGGAAACUAUGGAAAAAUAUCUUACACAUUUUUCCAUGCAUCGGAAGAUAUUCGUAAAACAUUUGAAAUUAAUCCAAUAUCUGGGGAAGUUAAUUUGAGAUCACCCCUGGAUUUUGAAGUAAUACAGUCCUACACUAUAAAUAUUCAGGCAACAGAUGGUGGGGGUCUUUCAGGAAAAUGCACCCUUCUAGUUAAAGUUAUGGAUAUAAACGACAACCCACCAGAAGUGACCAUAUCGUCGAUUACAAAGAGAAUUCCAGAGAAUGCCUCAGAGACCCUAGUAGCUCUUUUUAGUAUCCUAGACCAAGACUCUGGAGACAAUGGGAGGAUGAUUUGCUCUAUUCAAGAUAACCUCCCUUUUUUCCUGAAACCGACCUUCAAGAACUUUUUCACUCUAGUUUCUGAAAAAGCACUGGACAGAGAGAGCCAAGCCGAGUACAACAUCACGAUCACCGUCACAGACUUGGGGACACCCAGGCUGAAAACCGAGUACAACAUAACCGUGCUGGUCUCUGACGUCAAUGACAACGCCCCCGCCUUCACCCAAACCUCCUACACCCUGUUCCUCCGCGAGAACAACAGCCCCGCCCUGCACAUCGGCAGCGUCAGCGCCACAGACAGAGACUCAGGCACCAACGCUCAGGUCACCUACUCGCUGCUGCCGCCCCAGGACCCGCAACUGCCCCUCGCCUCCUUGGUCUCCAUCAACGCGGACAACGGCCACCUGUUCGCCCUCAGGUCGCUGGACUACGAGGCCCUACAGGAGUUCGAGUUUCGCGUGGGCGCCACAGACCGCGGCUCCCCGGCGCUGAGCAGCGAGGCGCUGGUGCGCGUGCUGGUGCUGGACGCCAACGACAACUCGCCCUUCGUGCUGUACCCGCUGCAGAACGGCUCUGCACCCUGCACCGAGCUGGUGCCCCGGGCGGCCGAGCCGGGCUACCUGGUGACCAAGGUGGUGGCGGUGGACGGCGACUCGGGCCAGAACGCCUGGCUGUCGUACCAGCUGCUCAAGGCCACGGAGCCCGGGCUAUUCGGCGUGUGGGCGCACAAUGGCGAGGUGCGCACCGCCAGGCUGCUGAGCGAGCGCGACGCGGCCAAGCACAGGCUGGUGGUGCUGGUGAAGGACAAUGGCGAGCCUCCGCGCUCGGCCACCGCCACGCUGCACGUGCUCCUGGUGGACGGCUUCUCCCAGCCCUACCUGCCGCUGCCGGAGGCGGCCCCGGCCCAGGCCCAGGCCGACUCCCUCACCGUCUACCUGGUGGUGGCAUUGGCCUCGGUGUCGUCGCUCUUCCUCUUCUCGGUGCUCCUGUUCGUGGCGGUGCGGCUGUGCAGGAGGAGCAGGGCGGCCUCGGUGGGUCGCUGCUCGGUGCCCGAGGGUCCCUUUCCAGGACAUCUGGUGGACGUGAGCGGCACCGGGACCCUUUCCCAGAGCUACCAAUACGAGGUGUGUCUGACGGGAGGUUCCGGGACAAAUGAGUUCAAAUUUCUGAAGCCGAUUAUCCCCAAUUUUCAAGUUCAUGACACUGGUAAGAAUAUGGGGGAAAUCGAGAACUUUCGAAAUAGCUUUGGACUUAACAUUCAAUAAAACAAUUUAUUUUAAAUUUCUAAUUUUUGGUUAUUCUUGGCAAGCUGAUGGUACUUUUUGCAUAAUCUUUUGUGGAUUCUUGGUUGUACUGUAGUUGCAUGCAUGAUUAUAGCUCUUGUUUUUCUCACAGUUUCUUUAAAAAUCUUUAUUAGUGGCUAUAAUGACGUGGAAAUGUAAUCUGUGUUUUCCGGUUUUUCAUUUAUUUGGUCAAAAUGUUAUAUUAAUGGAGUUAUUGCUAUUUUUGCUGUGAUAAUGGUAUUAUGCAAGACAAUAUUCUGAAUUAUUUGGAUAUGCAAACUAAAGUAUUAAGAGCUAAUGUCAUUAUAUAUGUAACUUAAAUCUAGACACCAUCAAAGCAUAAAAUAAAAAUAAAAAGCGUUGCUGAA